AUGUCUUUCCAGGACUCAUCAUCAACGUUUCUUGGUCUUGAGAACUGCCAUGUGUUCGUCACAGGCGCAGCCGGAGGGGUCGGCGGAGCUGCUGUUAAAGAAUUUCUUGUCAACGGAUGCCGAGUCACGUCUUUCGACAGGAACCCAUUGAAUGUCGAGGACCUAUCAAUCUCUGAGGAUCAGAAGCCGAGACUGCACCAUAUCUCGGGCGAUUUAAGAACCGAAUCAUCCAUUGCGCAGGCAUUCAAAGAAGCUAGCAACAAGUUCGGCCCAGUCCAAAUCCUCAUCGCCAACGCUGGCAUCACAGACGAGAGCAGUCAUCCAUCAAUCUGGGAUAUCGACACCGAAAAAUGGGACGCAGUGUACUCCGUCAAUGUGCGAGGAACUUUUCUCACCAUCAAACACUUCCUCCGCUCAGUCAAGCAAGCGCAAGAAGAAUCUGGCAAGGAGCUGGACAACGUCGCCAUUGUAGUCACCGGCUCUGAAACAGGUGUCUUUGGCCAGGCUGGCCACGCUGAAUAUGCUUCAGGCAAAGCAGGUCUCCAAUAUGGUCUUGUCAAAACCGUCAAGAACGAGAUCGUGAAGCUCAAUUCCAAGGCUCGUAUCAAUGCUGUUGCGCCUGGGUGGAUCAACACUCCGUUGAUUGGAGACCGACUAGAUGAUCCGAAAGAGAGAUGGGCUGAGGCCGAAGCGACUGUCGCUCUCCGCAAGAUUGCUGAGCCCAGUGAUGCAGCUCGUUGCAUGGCGUUCUUGGCUUCUCAUAGAGCUGCGGGCCAUAUCACGGGCCAGUGCAUAUCUGUCGAUGGAGGCCAGGAAGGUCGCUUGCUAUGGAGAGAGGCACAAGAUGAUCUUCAGACCAACACCGCAGGCCAUUCCUUGACACAUAGAGUGGCUUCACCGACUGCCCCCAGUCCUCCUCAGAAACGUCGAAGAUUGAGGAUCUGUCUCUCUGUCGACUUUGAUGCGGUCUCGGGGCUGAUCGGAACUGGCCAUGUUCCAGAGAACAAACUCGCCGACUACUCAGCUGCCCACUUUGGCGGCAACGUCGGUGUUGAUAGACUAUUGAGAGUGUUCAGCAAACAUGGCAUUUCCCAGCAGGUUUCGUGGUUCAUCCCAGGCCACUCGAUGGAAAGCUACCCUCGACAGACACAAGCCAUUGUUGCGAGCGGCGCUGAGAUUGGCCUCCAUGGGUACAGCCACGAGGGUGCAUAUUCCUUAUCUGAGCAGCAGGAGCGAGACAUACUUGUGAAGUGCAUCGAACUAGCCACUUCUCUCUGCCAGGGCAAGAAGCCUUUGGGUUACCGAGCUCCUUUGUACGAGAUCAGGGAGUCGACAGUUCGCCUACUGGAGGAACAUGGGUUUCUCUACGACGCCAGUCUCAAUUCUCACGACAGCCUGCCUUACUAUCUUCCCAAGACCUUUGCCGAGGGUAAUCCAGCAAUUCCAGACUACAAUCAACUUGCGAGCACGUGGAUGAAGCCAAUAACCUUGACUGAGCAACCCGAGGCCGGAUCACAGGAGGCGGAAACGUCUGUUGUUGAGAUUCCAGGUAGUUGGUACACUGAAGACGCUACACCUCUAUGCUUCUACCCACAUACAGCAACAACCCAAGGUUAUGUGAGUACAGAUGUCAUUGAGAAGAUGUGGCUAGACCGUUUUGAAUGGCUAUGGGAGAAUGAGAGCUUUGUGGAUGAAGGUCCUGGCGAGGGUUACGGAUCGGUCUUCCCGCUUAUUCUGCAUCCUGAGUGCGCUGGUCGGUCUCAUGUUAUUGGCAUGAUUGACAAGUUUAUCGCCAAGCUCAAGGAAAAGGCUGGUAGUGCUGCUGAAGGGGAGAUUAUGUUUGAGUGCAUGACAGAUAUAGCGAAGGCUUGGAAGGCAAGGACGCCUAGCUCAUAG